AUGGCUGGUGGCCUCGUCAAAUACCGGCAUCUGAGCCGCAAGUCCUCGGCCAGACAGGCUCUGCUGCGAGGCCUCGUUACCCAGCUCGUGCAAUAUGAACACAUCCAGACCACAUACGCAAAGGCAAAGGAGACGCAGCGACUCGCCGAAAAGUUAAUAACGCUCGCCAAAAGAAACAAUGAGCCGUGCAGGAGGUCGGCGCAGGGUAUUCUUUAUACACCAAACCUGCUUAUGCCCAAGCUCUUUGGCGAGCUACGGAACCGCUACCUGACCCGCGAGGGAGGCUAUACUCGAGUCGUCCGCACCGAGCCCAAGAACACAUACGACCAGGGCGAGAGCGCAAUCCUGGAGUUUGUCGAUGGAAAGAAGGAUUCUCGCUUCAUGAUGACGGCCAAGACUCUUGCGCGAGACCGGCUAUUAGGACGAUCCUCGACCCCUGUGACGCUCCAGAACGUGAAGAAGGUGACCAAGUUCCGCGACGAGAAGGAGCUGGAGGAAAUGGUUCAGCGCUUCAUGAUU